GGUAAAAGAUGUCUGGAAACCUUUAGUGUUGUUUCAUUCAGUAUACUGUCAAGCGUUGUUUUAUUCUUCUUGUGCAAGAAUUUUAAGCUCAGUGAGGUCAAGUCAAUCACAUGUGCUUCUGGUAAGUGAAAUAAUAAUAAUAUUAUUAUUGUUGGAUUUUUAGUUACCUACCGGUAAGUUACUUGCCCAGAAAGAAAAUCUCGUUGUCCUGGACUACCAGAUGGGAACUUUUCAAUCCUUGGGUGGUAUUUUAGAGGUACUAAGGUCCCUGUAAACAAUUAUAAUAGAACAUGAUAGCUUUAAUUAGACUAAAUGAUUAGUCUUGCUUGCAUAAGCAGUGAGACUCAUAAUAUGCAAGCCGUUUUUCUUCUUCGUAUUUAGGCCAUAAAAGGGCGGUGGUAGUCCCAGGCGUUCCUAGCGGAGAUGGUGGAAACUGGGAAUAUGAAUCAUUGACUGAAGCCAUGCAUGUCUCGUGAAGAAAGCUUAAGAAAGAUUAAUAAAUGCAAUUUAGAGCUUUUCCGGAAUGGGUCAGUCCAUGAAUUCUAUCGCUUGAAAGAUUUGAUAACUUUGGAACAAGUGAACACUUCAGUGGUUGGAAAAAUAGAGAAAAAUAUUAAUUAGCAAAGGCUAACUGAUCGGGUGUUGUAAACUUAAUGUAUUCAAAUGAGUCUUAUGAUGAGCAUGCAGUUUAUUUUUGGCGAUGAUUGACAUGACGUGCCAUGUUCUCAUCUUUUGUGUCAUUAUACACGCGUAUAGCGUGCGACCGCAGACAUAUCUCCACUUGUCGCUAACAUGCAUACUAAACCAAUUAAGAACCAAAUCGACUGAUAUAUAAAGUAAAUAUCCUGAAGAAUACUCGACCAUCAAUAAAGUAGGAAGUGAAAAACCUUUAGCAAGUAAAUCCUGUUUCAUCUAGAAUUAAUGGCCUCCUCAUUUCGUAUCUAAUCUUCAAGCAAGCAAGACUUAAUGCCGAUAUUAAGAGCGUUCUUGUUUAUCACAAAACAUAACCAAUGCAUGUACAAGGAGGCUUAAAUUCCUGAAUUGACUGUCCACCCACUUCAGUUCUCUUCUGGGUCCCAUUUCUCGAAAGGCCCAGGAACUUUUCGGGCCUGGGGCCCGUUUCUCAAAAGUCCCGGUAACUUUUGGGGGCUCGAAAUCAAAUAUUCAAAUCAAAAUGUAAAGAAUAAGAGUGCUGCUCCUGGCUUGCAAACUACUCCAUUUUGUUUCAUUAACUGAUAGUUUUAUCAUGUUAAAUGCAAAACUAUUAAAACCUCGAUCUUUAAUGUAAACGGAGACAGCUUACCGGGCCCGUUAAUAAUCGGGACUUUCGAGAAACCGGCCCCUGAACACAAAUUUUAAAGUUCAGACUUGUUGAAUAGUAGCACAGUUCCCAGCUCACAAACCAAUCAAUUUUGCUUCAUUAACUGAUAGUUUCAUUGUAUCAUUUUCAAAUUAUUGAAACUUUGAUCUUGAAUGUAAACACUGCAAAGACAAAACAGCUUUCUAUGCCUGAAAAGUUACUGGGACUUUCAAGAAACAGGUCCCUGGCCUCAGUUUUCCUGAAAAGUUGGAUAAAUCCCUAUUCAGGAGAUAGCACUAUUGGUUUCCCUAAUACUUAUCUGCUGUAUAGUCAUUUAUCCAGUGGAUAGUGCUAUCCAGCUUUUGAACAACUGGGACCAGUCUUUUGAGAUUACAGUGUAGGCAUCUAUGACGUCAUGUGAUGUCAACUAUCAGUUGGAUGGUCUAAAUUACUGAUGAGGCCUGGCUGAUUUGAAAAAAUUAAAUUUACUUGUAAUUUCAAUUCACCUUGAGUCAAAUAGCCUUAAUGAUGUAUAAAACCAUGAAUUACCUUCCUUCGGAAUAUCUACGAAGUCUUUUCUCUCAGCAUCACUCUGCUUACAACUUAAGAAACUCUGAGGGAAGGCUGACCCUGUCCAAACCAAGCACCAAUUAUUUGAAACGAAGCUUCUCUUACAGUGGGGCCACGUUAUGGAAUAACUUGCCCAAAAGCUUAAAAAAUGCUUCAUUCAUUGGGCAUUUUAAGCGAAAUAUCAAGAAGCUGGCUGAUUAUUGGAUUCCCACACGGCAAUCACGUAAAGCAGUUGUAAUUAGUUUUAGUUUUUAACUUAUUAAUAAGCGUAACUGAUGAUUUCCCGUGUUUGAGUAAAGAUUUACAUACAUACAUACAUAGUUUUUAAACAUCCCUACACGUGUUGCACAUGUUCAAUCUGAAUUUCAUAACAGAGGUGACCACAGUCACUAUGUCUUUGGACUGGGUUUCUUUCUGGAAAUCAUGCUGUUAAAAUACUAUUUUUAGGAGCUUAACAAUGAUAUGGUUUACAGAUGUAUAUUUAUCAAAACAAGGAAAAUUGGAAACUGGGCUGUUUCCUUUCGUCUUGCUAGUGUUAAUUUGUCUUCUUCAAAAUUGUAAAGAAUAAGGUAACUUUUUCCCAGUCAGUUAUAUGAUUUUUAAACCUAACCUAUGUAAAUGAUGUUAAGGAGUUCAGGCCAGCAUAAGCUGGAAAAAUUUAAGCCUUGAAAACAUUAAAUUUUCUCAUGCUGUGUCUGACUUUGACAGUGAGGAGGAUUCUAAAGGGGUUUCAUAUUUUGUUUCAUAGUUGCUGGUGUCCUUGUCGCAGAUUUUUGUUCUGGAUUCGUCCACUGGGCAGCAGACACAUGGGGCUCCGUGGACAUUCCAAUUUUUGGUAGAGCUUUUAUCCGCCCUUUCAGAGAGCACCAUGUGGAUCCCACAGCCAUAACAAGACAUGACAUCAUUGAGACAAAUGGCGACAACUGCCUGCUAACUUUACCUGGAUUGCUCUACAUGGUCUAUCGUUACCUCACUUUUGACCAAGAAACUUUACAAGCUUCUUAUGGAGUAGAAUGUUUUGUGUUUUCACUGGCUAUCUUUGUUACCCUCACCAACCAGAUCCACAAAUGGUCCCAUACGUACUUUGGUCUGCCACUUUGGGUCCAGAAACUGCAGGACUGGCACAUAAUCCUGCCUCGCAAACAUCAUCGCAUCCAUCAUGUGUCUCCUCAUGAGACAUACUUCUGUAUCACAACUGGCUGGCUCAACUAUCCACUGGAACUCAUCAAGUUCUGGCCAUGUUUAGAAUGGAUGAUUGAAAGAGCAACAGGAGUCAAACCCAGGUCUGAUGAUUUCAGGUGGUCGGGAAAAUCAGAAUAA